AUGGGCGACAACAGCACAUCCGAUAUUGGCGAUGCGGCCCUGUAUCACCUGGAGAGGUUCAAGAAAAGCCUCGACGCCCUCGACGGCAAGCCAACGUGGGACCUCGCCGACACGGCAGACUUCGAUUGCAUGCACUACCUGGGCGACGUUGCCCUGGAGAAAGCGGCCAAGGCUCUGGACUUGAAGCCUGGUCAGACCGUCGUCGACAUUGGCUCAGGCUUCAGUGCCACCGGUCGGUACUUGAACAAGCACUACGGCGUCGAUGUCACGGGAGUCGAGCUUCAACCUGAAAUCCAUCAACUCGCCGAGCUGAUUACUCGACGAAAUGGUCUCUCCGAACACGUACGAUCAGUCAACGCCGACUUCACGACACUCACCCUCGAUGCUCCGGUAGACCACAUCGUUUCCUUUCUAUGCAUUCUACACAUCGCCGACAGAGAUACCUUGUUCAAAAAGGCAGCCGGUGCUCUGAAGCCAGGAGGAAAGAUGUACAUCGAGGACUACUUCGCCCGGACAACGCUCAGCAAAGACGUCAGCGACAAGUUGCGCGACAGGGUGUCCUGUCCUUACCUGCCGAGCCGCGAUCAAUACAUAUCCGACCUGACAAAGGCAGGGUUCAAGGAAAUACAGUUUGAAGAUGUGACAGAUGAGUGGGCCAAGUUUGUGCAUGAGCGGGCAGAGAACAACAGGCAAAGGGGGACCACCGCGGUACCGCUUACUCUGUUCUAUGAUACUGUCGAUGCAUUGUUUGCUGGUGGCGAGCUUGGUGGUGUGCGUAUCACCGCCACCAAGGCUUGA